AUGAGCAGUCCCAAACGAAGAAUCGAGACAGAUCUGACGGUUGGAAAUAGGCUCAUGAGUGACUAUGAGGUGACUCUGGUCAAUGACAACAGUGAUGUAUGGACUCAUCCCCCUGAGAGAAGCCUCGUCAAAUGUCUGAUGAUGGUAUAUAGGCAAGAAUUUUACGUCCGAUUCAAGGGACCGGAAGAGACACCAUUCGCCGGGGGCCACUGGAAGAUCCACGUGGAAUUGCCCGACCAGUAUCCCUACAAGAGUCCCAGCAUCGGAUUUGUGAACCGAAUCUUCCAUCCGAACAUCGAUGAGCUAUCGGGAUCAGUCUGCCUCGAUGUCAUCAACCAGACAUGGUCGCCCAUGUACGACAUGCUCAACAUCUUCGAAGUCUUCCUGCCUCAAUUACUCCGCUACCCCAACCCGUCGGACCCACUCAAUGGCGAGGCCGCAGCGCUGAUGAUGCGCGAACCCAAGGGCUAUGAGGCGAAAGUAAAAGAAUAUGUUGCCAAGUACGCCAGUAAAGAGGCGGUGGAUGAGGCAGGCGAGGACACCGAGUCCGAAGACGAGCUCAGCUCCGCCGGCAGCUACGAGUCUGGUGGUGAAGAGCCUGCCGGGGCAAUGGACGAUGUCUGA